AUGGCUCUCGACGCGCGCCUCUACAACCACCUGAGCCCCGUCUCGCAUUCUUCGACCGCCUCGGUGUCCAGUAUGUCUGCUCUGAGCUCGAGCACGGCUGCGACAAGCACAUCAAUUGCAUCUACGACGCUCAUGCAGUCCACGGCGUCCAGUCCCUCGUUACGAUCUCGGGAAAGCGUCAUUGUGCCUGCCAGCGGACCGGUGGCUCUCCAAAGCCCUGCACCCGGUGGUGGUAAUGUAAAGGUUGUCGUCAGAGUCCGCGCGUUUCUGCCCAGAGAAAUUCAGAAGGGUCCAGAAUGUCUGAUAUCAAUGAACCCGCUGACCCAGGAAACGAUACUGGCCGCCCCAGGGAUGAAUACGGCGACGCCUCGCUCCCAGGUCCGCGGUAAGGUCUACGAGGAAAAAUCAUUUACUUUCGAUCGCUCGUUCUGGUCGCACGACGAAUCCGACGAACAAUAUGCUGGCCAGGAAGAUGUAUACAACUGCUUGGGCGAAGAGUUCUUGGACCAUAAUUUCGAAGGAUACCACACGUGUAUUUUUGCUUAUGGCCAGACUGGAUCUGGAAAAAGUUAUACAAUGAUGGGCACUCCCGAGCGGCCUGGGCUGAUUCCAAGAACGUGUGAAGAUCUCUUUGAACGAAUCGAAGAAGCCCAGUCUGUCGACACAACUUACAAUGUCCGAGUCUCUUAUUUUGAAGUUUACAACGAGCAUGUUCGCGACCUGCUCGUACCACGCACCGACCCUCCGCAUUACUUGAAGAUUCGCGAAUCGCCGACAGAUGGGCCAUAUGUCAAAGAUCUAACUGACGUUCCCGUGAGGAGCUACGCGGACAUCAUGAACUGGAUGAGAAAAGGCGAUCUCUCCAGGACUGUGGCAAGCACCAAGAUGAACGACACCUCAUCUCGAUCUCAUGCCGUAUUCACGAUAGUCCUCAAGCAGAUCCACCACGACCUUGCGACCGAUGAGACAACCGAACGAACAGCGCGCAUCCGUCUGGUGGAUUUGGCUGGCUCAGAAAGAGCGAAAGCGACCGAAGCAACAGGCCAGCGAUUACGAGAGGGCUCAAACAUCAAUAAAUCACUCACAACUCUGGGGAGAGUCAUUGCAGCUCUCGCGGAGCCUAAACAGCAACGACCCGGUGGACGUAGGCCCAAAGAAGUGGUUCCGUACCGUGAUUCGAUAUUGACAUGGCUAUUGAAAGACAGUCUGGGAGGCAAUUCCAAAACGGCCAUGAUCGCCUGUAUUGCGCCAUCUGAUUACGACGAGACGCUGUCGACCCUUCGAUAUGCAGAUCAGGCCAAGCGGAUUCGCACCCGGGCCGUUGUCAACCAGGAUCACGUUUCUGCAGCCGAACGCGACGCCCAAAUUGCCGAAAUGGCGGAGCAAAUCCGCAUUUUGCAAUUGGCCGUCAGCUCGAAUUCGGCCAGCAAACGCGAGAGUGAGGUGCAAAAUGAGAAAUUGGACGAGUAUCAGCAGCAAGUGGAGAAGAUGCAACGUCUGAUGGAGGAGAACAAGAUGGUCAGCGAGUGCAAGAUCAAGCAGCUUCAGACCGAGAACGAGGCACUUCGGAAUCAUUUGAAGCUAGCCCUAGACAGUUUGAAAAACCCGAUCCCUGACAUUCCUCUCCGGAAACGGCAAUCCAGCCUAGGGUCAUUACGGACUGAGGAAGUUGAAGAGGUUGAAGUAGAAGAGAGAGACCUCAAAACACCAUCCUUGCCGGAAGAAGAAGAAGAAGAAGCCAGCGGCAUCUGGGAGGACGAGCAAGAAAGCUCCGACGAGCAGGACGAGCAGGCGUGGGAAAUGCAAGCUGAUAUGGAGAAUCUAUUGGAAGAACUCAGUAUGUUCAGACGAAAGCUCACCGCCGACCACGAGCGGUUCGGAAUCAAACAACAACAGCAAGCAAAAGAAGAGGUGGAGCGACGUCCUUUUGGAAGGCUUUCGCUCAAUAGCACUGCGCAGCGUGCUUGA